CCAAGAUGCUAACUUUCCUUCUACUCGCUGCUUUUGUCCUUGGUGGACACUGCGAUGAUAAUCUUCGCUACAUUGAAGAUAAUUCUCGUGUAGUUGGAGGAACAAAUGCAGUAAAAAAUGCCUGGCCAUGGCAGGUAUCUCUCCAGUAUCAGUCCGGCAGCAGCUGGUACCACACCUGUGGAGGUUCCCUGAUCCGUGCUAAUCGUGUGCUGACCGCUGCUCACUGUGUCGACAGAGCCAACACCUACCGUGUGGUCUUGGGAGAGCACAACCUAAGCCAGAAUGAUGGUACCGAACAGUUCAUCUCAGUGUCGGCAAUUCGUAUUAACUCAGGCUGGAACACUAACAAUGUAGCCGCUGGCUAUGAUAUUGCUGUCCUGUGGCUGGCCUCCAGCGCUACUCUGAACAGCUAUGUGAAACUGGCUACACUGCCAGCAAGUGGCGCCGUUCUCGCCAACAACUACAACUGCGUCGUUUCUGGAUGGGGAAGAACUAGCACUGGUGGCUCUCUGCCAUCUAUCCUCCAGCAGGCCCCUCUGCCCGUUGUUGCUCACUCCACCUGCUCCACCAGCUCCUACUGGGGUAGCACUGUAAAGAGCACCAUGGUGUGUGCCGGGGGUAACGGACAACAGGCCGGAUGCAAUGGAGAUUCUGGUGGACCCCUGAACUGUGCUGUCAAUGGUGUCUACCAAGUCCAUGGUGUGACCAGCUUUGUGUCUUCCCUUGGAUGCAAUGCUUACCUGAAACCCACAGUGUUCACCAGAGUGUCUGCUUACACCUCCUGGAUCAACAGCAACCUGUAAACAUCACAGAACUGUACAGAAAGCACAAGUAUAAUGGCAUCUUAAGCAUCUGUUACUCUAUAUCAUACAUCAUAGAGAAAAUAAAUGGAGGUUACUUAUGGAAA